AUGAUCUUCGUGGCACUCUACGUCGAUGAUUUAAUCAUCGCCAGCGGCAGCAACAAGAGCCUUCGUGAAGCCAAAAGCGCACUGAGUGAGAGGUUCGAGAUGACAGACAUGGGGAAGCUGAAGUUCUUUCUUGGAAUUGAGAUUGAGCGGGACGAAUUAGGAGGGACACUGUCAUUGCGGCAGAGCAAGUUCGCGAAAGACAUUUUAUAG